AUGCGUUUUAUGUUACUAUUAUCUAUUUCUAUUAUUUUUGCUAUUUUUGACAAUUUCAUAGUGUGGUGAGUUGUGUUGAUAUAUUUAAAGAAUUAUAAGAUUAAAAUUAGCUUCAUAGUUUCAAAUUACUGAAUGUGAGAACAAUAAAUAUUAGUCAAUCGAAAUUAAUGUGUUCCUUCCAAGUAAGUAUAAACGUGUUUUUUUCGAAUAAUAUAUUCAAAAGCUACUAUUGAUAUGUUGAGGUUGAAAAUAAUGCACUUUUUUUAAAAAACUCCUGAAACAUCUGAACUUACUAGUGUAUUCUUUAGGCCCUCUAGAAUACUCCCUACUAGAAUACUGUUUUUACUUACUUUUUUUCAAUAUAAAAAAAACUCUCCACAAAAAAAAACAAAAAGUUUCUCCCCGGCCGGGAAUUGAACCCGGGUCUCGCAUGUGACAGACGCGGAUACUCACCACUAUACUACCGAGGACACAUUUACCAAACACACAUAUUUCCAAUUUAUGUCUGCUACUUUCAUCUUUUUCUUUUUCCCCAGGCUCGCUUGAAAAUAUUUCGUGUGAGGAGAGAAAAAAGAAAAAAGGGGAGAGAACAUUUUUAAAAAAUAAUGUGUUUUGUGAAAAAUAACUCUGAUUUUUAGCAGUUUUCUGCUUCAACCAAAAGCAAAAAUCCAGCAACUUGGCGAACGACAUUGGCAAUUAUAUAAUCGGUGUAGUCGUGGAAUGCUUCAAACAUAUCUCAGUCAUUUAAACGCCAAUGGUAUUGAAGACCAAUAUUGUUUGAGUUAGUCUGGUUUUGUUUACACCUCAAUAUGACUCAUACUAUACUAAAAAAUAUACAAUUAUAUUUUUUGUUUCAGCUGAUUGGAAUGUAAUUGGCGAAUGGGGCGGCAAAUUUCGAUUGCAACAUGCGAGAACACGAAAAUUUCUAUGUUUCAAUAAAAGAGCAAGAAUCACUUUAAGGGUUGGUUUUUUUGUUGACAAAAGUUUCUUUUCAAAAAAUUCUGAUCAGAAAAAAGCAUGAAACAAGAAUGGAAACUUGAGUUCCUUUGUGUAUGCAAAUUUCCGCUUACAAUGGUUUUGUUUUCAUACCGACCUUGUCUGAUUCAUGCGUUCGAAUAACAAUACGCUAAAUAUUUAUGUAGUAUUAGAAGUGUUAGGAAACUUUUUAAAGAAGGAUUGAGAACUCGGGAAAUGUCACAAUUGUUGUUAAUUUCAUUUUGAUAACAGACUUUGUAUCUUGAACCUUUGUAAUAAUUGAAAAUAAUAGAAAAUAAUACAACUUUUUCAGUUCCAAGUUCUCAUUUUUUUUUUGAAUUUAAUCGUUUCUCGGUCAGAAAAUAGUUUUCUAUAAUUCUUCAUGAGAAUCCAUCCCAAAUCCCUAUUUUUCCAGUAUGAUGGUGAAGACGAAAAAUGCCGCUUCAUCGAAGAAAUCCACGACAACGGUUAUUCCCGUCUUCGCUCAAUUUGGAAACCAGAACUCUAUCUUGGUUUUAACGGUAAAGGUCGAUACCAGAAUCCUCUCUCAUAUCACAUGCGUCCAAAAUGUUUUGAUUGGAUCAAAUCAAGUCGAUAUAUUCCGGAAGAGGAAUUACAUCAAUGUGAUAGACCUGUUAUGAAGCGUGGUCCAAAAUUAGAACAUUCUUCACAUCCUUAUGAAGUUUUCCGAAAAAGUUUCAUGAAACAGUUUAGAGUUGAUGAAGAAUCGAAUUAUUUGAGAAAAAACGAAAGAGAGAGGGAACAUUGA